AUUUUUCACAUAGAAAAAUGAGUACUGUAUAAUAAAGUAAUGAUAAUAAAGCAGCAAUAGGCAGGAUUUCUAAUUAUGGUCAGCCAAUCUAUAUUAAAGAGGUUGCUGGAGUAAUCUAUCUCAGUGAUAAAGAUAUUUAUUUCCAUAUCUGGCAUUUCCACAUCAAUGCCUGGCCUUGUGUAUACAUAUACUGCAUUUCUGAGUGCCAUAGCACCAAGAACUUCAAAAUCCCAACCGCAUAUUUCAAGUUCAUCUAGAUCUGAUGCUUAGUUUAAUGUGUGUAUUAAUACAUAUCUUAUCCUCUGUCUUUAUCUUUUAAAAAUAUGUACAGAAUUUGUAAGCUAAUUUGGAUAGGUCCAAUGUACCUUCACGUGUAUACAAAUGUUCCUAUUUGCAUUUUUAAGUUUAAUGUUUUCUUUUUAAAUAGUAUAUUGAAAUCUAAGAUUUCCUUGGAAAUAAAAACAAGAAAAAAAGUAUGUGUUUGUAUGCUUGUAUAUCACAAUAUUCAGACAGGCAAGUUCACCCUCAACCAUGGAAACUCAUUUGAUAAAGUCAAGCUGUUUUGAGGAAACUUUAGGGGAGAGAAUGCUGUGCAUGUCAUUUUGAACUGAAAGAAUGCAUGCUAUUUCAAGGAUAGCCUAUUAGAUAUUGUGUUUUGAUUUGUCAUUGACCAUAUUUAUUGGAAUAGAGCCCAAAAUAGGUGGAGGAAGCCUGUUAUUUGUCUCUACACUAUCUGAACUAAAUAGUUCUUAGUAAGUUCCAGUUCAUAUUUGAUUCUUAUGCACAUAGUUUAUAUGUGAAACAGGCAAUAGAUAAAGUUGGUUAAGGAUUCUAUGUACAUUCUUUCAUGUUUAUAUGCACAACAUGAGUAUAGAUUUUAUUCAAAAUUGUUGAAUAAAACAAAUGUGGCAGUGGCAUUUACACACUCUUAAUGUAGCAUUAAUUGCAGGAUAUCAUAGUUCUGCACGCAAUUAGUGCAUUUUACCAAAGACAAGUUGAUUUAUAUAAGUAAACAUUUUCAUAAGAAGAACACUUACAAAAUAGAGUUUUGGUAGUAGUAAUAAAAGAAUGAGCUCUAAAGCUUCCAAAUUAAUUUAGAUAUUUUAAUUAGUUCUCUCAGUUUUACAGGACUGAGGAAAACAUUACCUCUCUUAGGUUCCUAAAUCCUCAUGUUUAAUUUUUGAGAUACAUUUGCUGUUCUCUUGAUUAUUUUAUAGUCCUGUGUUAUUCUAUAGCCUCCCUAUGAUUAUUUGUGCCCCUCUUUCUUUCACAUUUCUUGUAGUUGCACUGCAUUAUAUAAUUCUUUUUAAAGUUACCUUCUAAAUCAGUUGUUGAAAUCCUGAUCAUUCUAUUAGAGCUUUUGUAAUACUACACCAUAAUUAACAUUCAUUAAAGCUAACAAGAAAAGGAUAGGAAGCUAAAGCUGUGACCACAAACCUUCCUAAGCAUAGUCCUAAAAGGCAGGUAGUAUUGUGUGCCAUCAUGCAUAAUUAUAUCAUAUAUUCCUGGGAUAAGCAGCUAGAACUGGAUCAGGAUCAGCUGUCACUUGAUUGUUAUGAGGAAUGAAGAUGUCAACUGUCAUCAGUCUCCUGAUGUAAUUAAGUUUCUUGUGGAGAGAAGAACAUCACUCUCUUUCUAGUUGAGACAAGAGCUCUGCAUUGAACAAACUGAGGCCAGUUCUUCUUGUGAUACCCUGCAUGAUUUUCUCUGCUGUACACAAAAAAAUUAUGCUAGUGAUGGCUAACCUUUUUGUUGUAGCAUGCUGAAAGUGUGUGUGCACACACAUCCAUAAUACAAUGGUGUGCGCCAGCCCCCAGUACCCCCAUGCAUGCACGCACAACCACCCCAUGUGCACCCCACCUCUGCACAUGUGCACACGCGCCCCUCGUGCAUGCCGACACGAUCCCCACAUGUGCCCCUCACAUGUGUGGCAGAGACUCAAAAACCAGCUGGCUAGCAGGAGGCAUGCGUGGUGCAACUGAGCUGGGGUGACUGCUCGCAUGCCCACAGAGAGGAAUCUGCGUGCCACUUGUGGCAUGAGUGCCAUAGGUUCGCCAUCAUUGAUUUAUGCCAUCACCAUCUUCCCUAAUUGGUGGAAGUGCAGGACAGCACUUCUUUAUCAUCAGGAAUAUUUUUCUGAAAUAGAGUUCUCUUCGCACUUGUAUUUAUCUGGAGUUUGCCCCCUUGUAUCUUGCUGGGGUUCUUGCAAACAGGAUUGAUUAUAGGAGGAAUGGGUCUCAAAAAAAGGAGGGUAAUACUCAGGCACCUGUGAAUUCGAGGAACAGGGCUAUUGGGCCAUACAUGGAAGUCUAGCAUACAAUGUCUGUCUGCCUAAACCUAGCAGCAUUGCAUUAAUAGGACCAAAUGUUGAAGUCAUAAUCUGUCAUGCGUUCGGAUCUGAAAAAGAGCAUAGCUAGUGAUUGAAACAUUCUCUCUUGUUUGUAAACACAGAUAAAAUGCAGUAGUAUUUUAAAGAGCGUUGAGGUGAUUAAUUCACCUGUUUUAUAGGAGAUGUACAUUUUAAAGUUUAGUUUGGUGGCAUAAUAUCUCCACUGUGGUGUAUAUCACAUUUCCCUACUCUAUUCUUUGUUAUUUAUUUUGAUAUACAGUCAUUAAGUGCUGUCCUCUUAUCCCAUUCCCACACAUUUAUUUCUAGACUAUGCUUUCUAAGAAUUGCUAUGAGAAAAAUGCUUAUGUAACACUUUUUCUGUCCACUUUUUAUUUUUCAGAAUAUAUGGGAAAAACUCCUUAGAACUUGAAAAUGUUACAAGUGACAUGGUAAUUUAGCCAGUGCCUCAGAAUGAUGGAUUCCCUGAAGAUUGGAAAUGGUUUGCAAGUGACUGAUGUAGGGACAUCUGCACUCCACAUGGUGGGGUAUUUGGGAAAAAAUUGUAAUUCUACUGAAGAAACUCCAGAUGGAUGCUGCCCAGCCUGUAAAAGGAUUGGUUUGAUGCGACACAUAAGAAAAUACCACAUCAAUUUUGAAGAAUCUAUUUUUCUGUGUGAAAAUCCACAGUGCAUUUACCCUCUAGGGUCUGCACCGCUAAGCACUAUUGUAAUUCCCAGUGAUGCAAAAGGUUAUUCAUCUCAGGGCACUUGUGGGAAAAGAAAGUUAUUUGGCACAAACCUAUUGACCUCUUCUAUUGAACCAUGCUUAAAAUUGAUUAGGACUGAUGACUUGAUGGACACUGAGGAGACAUUCAGAUCUGAUUUUAUUCCCAACUGCAAUGGAAAUAAUCCAAUUAGGACUCCAUCAGGUCAGUCUGAUUUUUCAGAAGCCAAGCAGCCAACUUUUUCUGAUGAAGCUGAAUCCAUCAACCAGAAAAUGGGCUUGGGAGCUCAAGAACACUCACCAGAAGUGCUCAGUGUGCAAACACAGUUAUUGUCAGCCCCUGAGAUGGCUCCGUCAGUGUCUCAGGAUCUGCAACAAAGCAAGUCAUCUGUGCAGGAGCCUUUGCAGCUUCAGUGGAGAAAUACACAUGCUCUCUGCUGGUUAGAUUGCAUUCUGUCAAUACUGGUACAUUUGGAAACAUUAAGAAUGCUUACUGGACUCUCCAAAAACACGUCGGUAUUCCAGAAUCUGCUCACGAAAUAUAAUGAAGCUGCUGCACUUGUGAACACUUGCCAAAGGGAUGAACUUGCUUCAGAAGUUCCUUUGAAUGUUUUGGCAAGAGCUGAAUCUCAUUUAAAUGACAUCAGGAAUACCAUAUUUCUUCAACUUCAGCCAUUGCUUGGGUGUAAAUUUGGGGAGGAAGAAAGUCCAGUUUUUGCUUUUCCAUUACUUCUGCGGAAAGAUCGUCAUAUAGAGAAUCUCUUUCUCCAUUCUUUCUCCUGGAAGUUUGAAUGUUUGCAGUGUGGCUACCACAGCAACAACAGUUGUCAGCAGGCAAUGACAACGUUUACAAAUAUAAUCCCAGAGUGGCACCCACUGAAUGCUGUUCAUGUUGCUCCCUGUAAUAAGUGCAAUCACACAUCUCAAAGAAGAAAAAUGGUUUUAGAAAAGAUCUCCUCAGUUCUGAUGGUGCAUUUUGUUGAAGGCUUACCACAUAACAAUUUGAUGGCCUACUCCUUUCAGUUUCAAGAAUAUUCAUAUCAAGUUACAGCCGUGGUUCAAUAUCAGAAGGCAAAGCACUUCAUAACCUGGAUCUUGACUUCAGAUGGAAUAUGGCUUGAGUGUGAUGACUUAAAAGGUUCAUUCUCCAGAAGACACCAUACUUUUGAGGUUCCUUCUGCAGAAAUACAUAUUGUCAUUUGGGAAAGGAAGCCGCCACAAAUGACCAACUAUUUGGAUUUACAAGUUGAAGAAACAAUGACGGCACCAUCAAAAACUCCAGUUAAAUACUCUAAUGAUGAAACUGCAGAGAGUGUACCUCUAACUUGUCAUAAGGCAGUUGACAUGCUGAACACACAUAUAAAGGAAGUAAAAAACUUAGCAAGCAAUCAGAAAAAUAAUUUGCUUCAUGGCUUGGGCAACCUGUCUGAUGAUGAUGAUGAUGUAACACUGAAUCUUGACUCAGGUGGACAACUGUUAGAAGAUAGAGCUAUAGAAAAUAAGCAGAUAGUCAGAACAGGUCCAUUACAGUUGCAAGAGUUGGAUCAGAAAGAUAUGUGCCCACCAACCCCUGAAGGAGAUACUCAAAAGAAAAGUGUAGUGUUAGGAAAUACCAGUGCUCCCAGGCAUGAAGGACAGCCAAUUAACGCAAGUAACCUAGUUACUACACCAUCAGUUACUUUAAGUAAUGGCAAAAUAAAUUUCUCAUCCAAAAUACUAUUACCACAAGGGGCAGAAACUGCAGUCACCUUAGUUCCAGUAGAAGAGAGCAGCAAUUGCCAUCCAAAGAAUCCUCAGAAGAAAACCAACGAAACAAAAUUGGGAAACACUAAGUUGGGAACGUCUAAUGUUGUAGAGUUCGGUCAAGAAAUAAAAAUAAAUCCCCAAAUUUCUGCUCCAUCUCACCAAAAUCCUACCUUUCACUCACCCAGUACAAAUGGAAUUAAGCCAUCUGUAGCCAGUUGGGUAAAUGGCUUACUUGGAAAAUAUUCUUCCUUUAUGCCUAAAAGUGCGGUGGUUCCGAGUAAACCAAAAAACUGCAAAAAAUCAGUGCAAAAAGAAACAAAGUCCAGUUCACUUGUUAGGCAAGCUGGCCACUUCCGUGGUUUCCAAACUAAAUCUUCGCAAAAAAGUAAAGUGGCAACAUUAAAUUCUUCAGCUAGAACUCUUCCAACAUCUCCUCUGACCACUUUUUCUCUUGCAAACAUCCGUGUCAAAAAUCUUGUCCCUGCUAGAAAAAGUGAAGCUGUAACUAAAAGAACAGCUUCAUUGGAUGCUUUUCCUAACCAAGAUUUACUGAAAAAUGCCCACCAUGAAAACCAGAGUUUUAUAUCUGUUGAAAAUACUGGGUCAUUUAUCGAUAAAACUCAUCAGCUACGCGUAACACUUUUACAGCAGCUUAAGGCUAAAAAAGAGAAAUUAGCUUCACUAGAUAAACUGGUAAAAGCUGAGGCAAGACACAAAAACUCUUGCAAGAAAACUAUCAAGGACCAGACACGAAAACAGAUGGAACCUUUGCAGACAAGGUUGUUAUAUACCCAAGAAAUGCAGGCUGAUGUUUGGGAUAGUAAAUCCGUUAAUUCUCAAAGCACUGACAUGUCCCAAUGCAGCAGUUCAAAUUAUGACGACAUUUUAUCUGAGCUGCUGUUGUCUCCAGCUACAACUGUUGGUUCUUUAGAAUUUCCACAGGAAGAGGAAUGUAGAUACCUGGAAAUGGGAGGUGACAGUUCAGACACGCCGAUAUCUGUUGGCAAAAAUACCAGUUUUCAGGCCAUAGAUAAUGACCUUAAUUACUUGAGUUCUCUAAAGGAAAAUGAACUUGAAGACCACAGAAACCCAUCAGCACUCAAAUCGCCUUUGAAGAAAUUUGAUUUUGAAAGUUCUGCAAAACAGGAUCUUCUGGAUGAUUUCUUUUCAUGUUCAUUGAAUUCAGUAAUGACUGACUCUGAAGAUUUGCAUCACUUUGAUGAAUCGUUGUUAGCUUGGUAAAUUGUGUUUUAACAAUUUCAGUAUUUCCCUUUGGUUGUCUUUAAAGGAGAGUAUGAUUUAAAAUUCAACCUAAUUUGCACUUGACUAUUUAAAAUGAUUGUUUUUUAUAUUUUUUUUCUUAAUAAAUUGGGUUUGUUUUUCUGCCUCAAAACCACUAUUCGCUGGAAGAGAUGAGCUGAUUCUUGUACAAAGUAGCAGUGAUAAAGUUUUGACAUUUUAAAAGCCAUUGUAGUAUUCACCAAGUAGUAUUCACCUAGGAUCUUUCUAAUCUAUGGCUGAGCUAAAAAAUGCUUUCCAAGAAUGUAAAAAUGUAGAAUACCAUCGUAUAAUCAUGGUAUGUAAUUUCAUUUCUGAUAAACUUUUUUUUUUUUCAAAAGUAGGCCUUCAGGCUAAACUAAAAAUUUUAAACGAAGCCAUUUUAUUGUAAUUAUUUUCUGUUCCAAUGAAAUGUCUGUCUAAAAUUUUUGGUCUACGUCACAGUGUGAAUGAAUGUUAACAUAUAAUCUGUUCUGCCUGUUGUUGUUUUUGCUAAACAUUAGGGCAUAUUGCAGAUGAAUUAGGUUAAGAUUUAACUCAGAGAUUUCUGCUAAAAUCCAGGGAUCUGUGAGCCCUGUAAAUCCCCAAUCCUUUGAAAUGUGGUUUUGAAGUAUUAAAGCAACUUUUGAAGUUACAA